CGACAACAGACGUCCGGACAUGACUUUCCUGAAGUUCUUAUGCACUCUGUGAAGAAUUUUGUUUUGUUUUCUUUUGUUUUGUCUAAUGAUAACAUUCAUUAAAGCUGUCAGGUCCGGGAUGUCUCUUCACAGACUACUAAGAUGCAACACUCUUCUGGUGUUAUCAUGUAGACAGACACAGAGGUCUUUUUCCACCAACACUGAAGGAGAGAUCCGCAUUACCAAAAUACUGAAAGAGAAGUUUCCCCAAGCUUCAUCUCUCAAAGUUGUGGAUAUAUCCGGCGGCUGCGGAGCGAUGUACGAAAUCCACAUCGAGUCAGAUGACUUCAGAGGAAAACGAGUAGUGCAACAGCACCAGUUAGUGAAUCAGGCACUCAAAGAAGAGAUUAAAGGAAUGCACGGACUGCGGAUCUUCACGGAUGUUCCGAAACAGUAGAAUCUGCACUCCUCACUACGCCAAUGCUGGAAACCGUGUUGUCAUUUGUUAGACCUGAUUAUCACAAAAGAAUAUAUCAUUUAAUUCAGAUAAGCUGUUAAGCGUUAUUUAAAAAAAUGUCAGGAAAUCUUUUAAAGAUGGGCGUCAUUUAUCAAUCAUAAACUAUGU